AUGUCGCUCCUAGGGACAUUGAAUCCCAGCACCCAGGACGGAGAGGAUUCCCAUUCCGCCAACAUGGAAGCUCGCCGCCAUGACCCCACCGCCAGCGUGAGCACCGAUGACACCGCUAAUGAGAAGGGCGAGAUUGGCAACGAGGACUACACCGAGGCCGAGGUCACUCGCCUGGCCCGGCAACUCACCCGCCAGUCAACACACUUCUCUGUCUCAACCCAGAAUGCGGAGAACCCUUUCGUCGAAGUCCAUGAGGACUCAACCCUCAAUCCUCACAGUGAGAAUUUCAACCCCAAGAAUUGGAUGAAGAAUCUCCUUGCCAUCCAAUCUCGCGACCCGGAACGAUACCCGAAGCGUCAGGCGGGCCUGGCCUUCAGAAACCUCAGUGUGCACGGAUUUGGCAGCCCCACCGAUUACCAAAAGGAUGUGGCCAACUCCAUUCUGCAAAUCGGCGCCGUGUUCCGUGCGAUGACCGGCACUGGCAAGCAGAAGAUUCAGAUCCUCCGCGACUUCGAUGGCCUCGUUAAGAGCGGCGAGAUGCUGGUCGUUCUCGGCCGUCCUGGAUCUGGCUGUUCGACUUUCUUGAAGACUAUUGCAGGAGACUUGAACGGCAUCUUCAAGGAUGGUAACUCUCAUAUGAACUACCAAGGAAUCUCCGACAAGCAGAUGCACAGCCAGUUCCGCGGUGAGGCCAUCUACACCGCUGAAACCGAUGUGCAUUUCCCUCAGCUUUCGGUUGGAAAUACCUUGAAGUUCGCUGCUCUCGCUCGCGCCCCGCGCAACCGUUUGCCGGGCGUCACUCGCGAUCAAUACGCAGAGCAUAUGCGUGAUGUCGUCAUGGCUAUGCUUGGUCUUUCGCACACUAUCAACACCCAGGUCGGUAACGAUUUCAUUCGUGGUGUCUCCGGUGGUGAGCGGAAGCGUGUCAGUAUCGCCGAGGCCACCCUCUGCGGCAGCCCUCUCCAAUGCUGGGAUAACAGUACUCGUGGUUUGGACAGUGCCAAUGCUCUGGAGUUCUGUAAGACAUUGAACUUGAUGUCUAAGUACUCGGGCACUACCUGUGCCGUUGCUAUCUACCAGGCAUCCCAGAGUGCCUACGAUGUUUUCGACAAAGUGACUGUGCUAUACGAGGGCCGACAGAUCUACUUCGGCCGUACCACCGAGGCCAAGGAAUUCUUCACCAACAUGGGCUUCGAGUGUCCCGAGCGCCAGACUACCGCUGAUUUCCUGACCUCGCUUACGAGCCCCGCUGAGCGAGUCGUCAAACCUGGCUUUGAGAACGUCGUUCCCCGUACCCCCGAUGAGUUCGCCACUGCUUGGAAAAACAGUGCUGCGUACAAGGAGCUUCUGAAGGAGAUUGCCGAGUACGAUGAGCAGUAUCCCAUUGGCGGCGAGUCCUACGAGAAAUUCGUCGAGUCUCGCAAGGCUAUGCAGUCGAAGAGGCAGCGUGUCAAGUCUCCAUUCACCCUAUCAGUCGCCGAGCAGGUCCAAAUCUGUGUGACCCGUGGUUUCCAGCGUUUGAAGGGUGACUACAGUCUGACUAUAUCCGCCUUGAUUGGAAACACCAUUAUGGCAUUGAUUAUUGGUUCGGUCUUCUUCCAGUUGCCUGGCGACGUGACCAGUUUCUACUCUCGCGGUGCCCUUCUCUUCUUCGCCGUUCUUCUCAACUCGUUCUCCAGUGCUCUAGAGAUUCUCACUCUCUACGCGCAACGUCCUAUUGUCGAAAAGCAAGCCCGUUACGCUAUGUAUCAUCCGUUUGCCGAAGCAAUCUCGUCAAUGCUGUGUGAUAUGCCGUACAAAAUCACCAAUGCCUUCACCUUCAACAUCACACUCUAUUUCAUGACUGGUCUUCGCCAAACCGGCGGCGCUUUCUUCACCUUUCUGCUCUUCUCUUUCGUGACGACCAUGACCAUGUCCAUGGUCUUCCGUACCAUCGCUUCUUACUCGCGUACUUUGUCGCAGGCUCUAGUGCCCGCCGCCAUCCUGAUUCUCGGUCUGGUAAUCUACACUGGCUUCACUAUACCAACCCGCAACAUGCUUGGCUGGUCUCGCUGGAUGAACUACAUUGACCCGAUUGCUUAUGGUUUCGAAACCUUGAUCGUGAACGAAUUCCACGGUCGCGAUUUCCCAUGCAAAGCGGGUUCUUUCAUCCCGGUGGGUGAAUCCUACACGGAUGUCGGUCGGUACAACAAGAUCUGCGGAGCGAAAGGAGCUGUGGCUGGCCAGGACUAUAUCAGCGGCGAGGCCUACUACACUGCAAGCUUCCAGUACUCUCACGGCCACAAGUGGAGAAAUCUGGGAAUCAUGAUUGGUUUCAUGAUUUUCUUCAUGUGCACCUACCUCAUCGGCACCGAAUACAUUUCCGAGUCCAAGUCCAAGGGUGAGGUUCUGCUUUUCCGUCGCGGCUACGCCCCCAAGAAGGUCGGCAGCUCUGAAGAUGAUGUCGAGCAAACACACAGCGUGUCCCCUGCCGAGAAGAAGGAUGGCGCUAGCUACGGCGAAGAAACCACUGCCGCAAUCCAGAGACAAACUGCUAUCUUCCAAUGGCAAGACGUGUGUUACGACAUCCACAUCAAGAAAGAGGAACGUCGCAUUCUCGACCACGUUGACGGCUGGGUUAAGCCCGGUACCUGCACUGCUCUCAUGGGUGUUUCUGGAGCCGGUAAAACCACUCUCUUGGAUGUGCUUGCUACGCGCGUGACAAUGGGGGUUGUUUCUGGUGAAAUGUUGGUUGAUGGCCGUCCUUGCGACCACUCCUUCCAACGUAAGACUGGCUAUGUCCAACAGCAGGAUCUCCAUCUCCACACUACCACGGUCCGCGAAGCUCUUCGCUUCAGUGCUAUUCUCCGUCAACCGCGUCACGUCUCUCGCCAGGAAAAACUCGACUACGUCGAGGAAGUGAUCAAGCUUCUUGGAAUGGAACACUAUGCGGAUGCCGUAGUCGGUGUCCCCGGUGAAGGUUUGAAUGUUGAGCAGCGCAAGCGUCUUACUAUUGGUGUUGAGCUAGCUGCCAGGCCACAACUGCUUUUAUUCCUGGACGAGCCUACUUCCGGUCUUGACAGUCAAACUUCUUGGUCUAUCUUGGAUCUCAUUGAUACCUUGACUAAGCACGGUCAGGCUAUUCUCUGCACUAUUCACCAGCCGUCUGCUAUGCUCUUCCAGCGAUUUGACCGUCUCCUAUUCCUCGCCAGGGGCGGUAGGACUGUCUAUUUCGGAGAAAUUGGCGAAAAAUCUUCUACGCUCUCUAACUACUUUGAACGAAAUGGUGCGCCCAAGCUGUCGCCUGAAGCCAAUCCUGCCGAAUGGAUGCUUGAGGUCAUUGGAGCUGCCCCCGGAACCCACAGUGAGAUCGACUGGCCUGCCGUGUGGCGCGAUAGCCCUGAGCGCAAGGAAGUGCAAAAUCACCUCGCCGAGCUUAAGUCCAGCCUCUCUCUGAAACCCGUUGCCACAACCGACAACGAUCCUACCAGCUUCCACGAAUUCGCCGCACCGUUCAGUGUUCAACUCUGGCAGUGUCUCCUCCGCGUGUUCAGCCAGUACUGGCGAACUCCAGUCUACAUCUAUUCCAAGAUUGCGCUAUGUACCUUGACUGCGCUCUACGUCGGCUUCUCCUUCUUCCACGCCCAGAACAGUAUACAAGGACUGCAGAAUCAAAUGUUCAGUGUCUUCAUGUUGAUGACAGUCUUCGGCAACUUGGUGCAACAGAUCAUGCCGCACUUUGUCACCCAACGCUCCCUCUACGAAGUCCGUGAACGCCCCUCCAAAUCAUACUCCUGGCAAGCCUUUAUGUCCGCAAACAUCAUUGUCGAACUCCCCUGGAACGCCCUCAUGUCGGUCCUCAUCUUCGUCUGCUGGUACUACCCCAUUGGACUGCAACGCAACACCAGCGCCGAUGAUCUCCACGAGCGCGGCGCACUGAUGUGGCUUCUCGUCUUGACCUUCAUGAUCUUCACCUGCACCUUCGCCCACAUGAUGAUUGCUGGUAUCGAGCUAGCCGAAACAGGUGGCAAUAUCGCCAACUUGCUAUUCUCCCUCUGUCUGAUCUUCUGUGGUGUCCUCGCGACCCCGGACCAAAUGCCCCGCUUCUGGAUCUUCAUGUACCGCCUCUCACCAUUCACCUACCUCGUCUCCGCAAUGCUGUCGACCGGCACAUCCGGCACAAACGUCGUCUGCGAGCCCGUCGAGAUGCUCCACUUCGAGCCCCUUGCCGGCGAUACCUGUUACCAAUACAUGAGCGCCUACAUGGAAGUUGCUGGUGGCUACCUCCAGAACGCGAAUGCCACUAGCGAUUGCAGUUUCUGCAGCGUCGACAAGACCGAUACUUUCCUCAAGGGCGUGCUGAGUUACUACAGCGACGCAUGGCGCAACUUCGGCAUCAUGUGGGCGUACAUCAUCUUCAACAUAUUUGCUGCUGUUGGUAUCUACUGGCUUGCUCGUGUGCCCAAGGGAACCCGCAGCAAGAAGACUAAGACUGCUUGA